AUGGCCAAGCAUCUGAGCACUGGACAACCCAUCACCUUUGUGCUGGAGAAUCUGCUCCUUCUCUUCAAUGCGCUCACCAACGUGUCAAUCAUCAAUGGCGAUGAGAUGGAUGUCUACAGGAUGUGCAUUGGUGAUGCACCUGAGAGGAUUGUGGUCACCCAUGUCACAUUUCAUCAGUGCACUGUGUGCCCCUACCUGGAUCUGGUGGAGUUGUUGGUGAUGCAGGCUGCUGAAGUGCUCUGA